UAGAAAUGGAGGCAGAAAGUUAUCAGGUGGCUUUUAAAGGUGGAUCAGAUAAAACAUACAUCAAGAGAUUGAUUAUCAGUUUUAGCAACUGUAUCAACAUUUUGAAGUUCUACGGUGACGUUGAAGAAUCCUAUUCUUUAAUGUUCAGAUUAUGAACCCAGAGCAGAGCUCUCUGGACCAAAUACAAUAAAGCUUUCAUCAACGGACUCAGGGAAUACAAGGGCACUAGAGUACUCAAAUGAGCAAGACCUUUUAGCAAAGAAGUUGCUGAAUACUUCUAUGAUAUCGAAGACCCAAUAGAACUUCAGUUUUACGAGUAUGUGUUGGUACUGAAGAAGGAGGAGUCGAUCAGAGAGUUUUGAGAAUUCAUCAAGAGUUACAAGCACAGAAACAAGAUACAGUUCAAACAAAUCUUUGUGCACUAUGAAGGGAAAGAUAUGGACUUAGCCAUUUUGAAUUCUCCGUAUUGUGUGCUGAAGAAGUACUAUUUGAGGACGGAGUGUGUUCAGGUAGAGGGGUUGGGGAACUUGGAUGUGGAGGAGGGGGAAGGGGAAGUGGAGUAUACGGAGAGGAUUAUGCAGAGUGAGCUGAAGGAUCGGGAGUAUAAGAAGGGCCUUUGGGAUUGGUUAAAGGGAGAAAAGAAGAAGUAUGGGAUAGUUAAAGAAACUAGUCAGAUUUGUUUGAUGAAUCAAAAAUUAAGUACUUCAGAUGAUUUAGCUAACAUUGAGGAUAUGUUUCCAAAAUCUAUAAGAGAAUCAUGAAGAGAGGUUAGGAUUCAAAAGUAUGAUGAAGAAGAACUCUUUAAGAAUAAGAAUUCCCUUAAAUACGCUCUUGAGAACUUAUCUACAAUAUUUCCAAACUUUAACAAGCUAAGUGUUGCUUUGGACAUGAUUUCAGAGAGGGGAUCAAAACCACAUUCCUUAAAAUAUUACAUACAAGAAGGAGUCUCUCUGGUUCCUUAUCGUAUAAGAGAUUCAAGCUUUAUUAUAAAAGAUUGCAUAGUGUAUUUUUAUGAUAAAGAUAUUAAAGAGUUUCAGUCAUUCAGCGCUGAUAAAAUAGCUUGUCAGAAUGUUAAUCAAUGGGAUUUUCUAACGAAGAGGCAGUAUGAAGGAUUCGUUACUGUAUCUCCUCAAUCUAUUGUGGAAAUACAGAAUAUUCAUUCUAAAAAUAUUCAUAAGCUUACAAAAUUUGAGUCUUUUGUAUCUAGGUUCUAUCAAAACAAAUGUAAAAUAACCAAGAACUUCUUCCCUACUGAUUACUUCAUUGAGUCCAAACCAUUUGACCUCAUCAUAGGAGGUGAAAACCUUGCUUAUUGGAAGCCUCCUGCAUGAAGAUAUCUCAAAAUGAGUCUCUCAAAAGGAGUCAAAACUGACAAUGUUGUUACAACUCUUCAAGGCAUGAAGCCUGCUUAUUUUCAGCUCUCAGUCUACAACUUGGAUUCAACUUAUGAUGAUUUAAUCAGACUUCUCGCCUUCAACAUCACUGACUUGGCUUUGUCGGUCAGACUUGAAGACUUGACCAGCAUCCCAGUUAAAGCCAAAGACUCAUUGAAGUCUCUGAUCCUAGCUCGCAAAACCAUCUACACACUAGUAAUCAGUUGCAAAGGAAAGAGCCGCAUGGUCAAGAGAAUUGACUCAGACUUCGAACAAGCAAUAGUCAAUCUUUUUGGAGAAGUCCCUGACCUAAGUUUUGACAAGAACGUAAUCUUCCAUGAAGUGUUUCAUUACUAUUAACUUUGUUGACAGUUUCCAAUAA